AUGAAGUCCCGGCCAGGCGUCACGGCUCUCCUGCUGCCCAUCACCUUCUCCAUCAGCUUGGUCCAAGUAUGUCAUGGAGCUGCAAUUGCUGUUUCAUGUGGUUCCAUCUACAAGAGUUUUGCACAGUGUUUGCUGACACUCGGGGAUAGUUUGGUGGAAACACAAAAAAGCCAGGACACGCAGGACAUUGACAUCAUCUGCAGGUCCUGGAAUGACUUCCACGCUUGUGCCAACACGGCCAUGUCUGGCUGUCCGAGAGAAGCAGCAGCAGUGUGGGAGUCCCUAAGACAAGAAUCCAGGAAAGCCCAGUUCUCUGGGAACCUCUACAAUAUGUGCGCCAGUCUCACCACCCUUCCACCCAGCACUGUGCCUACACCCCUGACCCCUCCUACCUCGGAUCAGACCAACCAGGAAACACUGAAGGGGAGAACGAAUCAAUGGGGCCCUUCUCUCCCCACAAUGUUCUUUCCAACUUGUAGCACUUUGUUAGUGCUGCUCAGGAUGUAG